AUGGCAAGAAUUUCACAUAUCCUGAAUACCCUCUUGGUAGUUCUUCCGUUGGCCAACGUGUGGCGCAUUGCCAAGGCGAAGAAUCUGCUGGUAUCGGGCUCUUCGUUUCAACCAACCAGUGACGAAGAUCCACCGCCGGUUUACAUGGCAAGCCUCCUAUUGAUUCUAGUGUUGGGGUGUAAAGUGAUCGCCUCCAUGAUUGACUGGUUAAGUGCCAGGCAAGAAGAAGACACAACCAAUGCUGCCGAACGGGCAUUACACCACUCCAUUCGGGACUCUGGAUUUUUCUUCUACUUGAUGGAAAUCAUGUCAGUGGACAAAGUAGUCCCCACGGUUCUGAAAUAUCCUGGCGUACUGGCUCGAAAAUUCCGGUUAUCCAGGCACAAACGAGUCAUUCACUAUGGCCAACAAUCAUCUUCCCAAAAGAUCGAGAUCUAUCUUCCAGCACAAACGGAUGAAUUCAGAAAACCUGCCAGUGGAUUGGUUGUCUUUGUCCACGGGGGUGCCUGGGGAUCUGGAGGUCCUGCUUCGUAUGAACUCAUGGCAGAUACAUUUAUGGACGUCAAUUGGGCCAUUGCUGUCGUGGGAUACCGUGUGUAUCCGGAAGGAGAUGCCAGUACACAGAUCCAAGACGUGGAACUCGCUGUUGCCGAAAUUGCCAAAUUCUUCCCACUCCUAUGCCAAAACAACGUCUUUUUAUUCGGACAUAGUUCGGGAGCACAUGUUUGCAUGCUCGCUAUAGUGGAGAGAGCCAGAAGAGACCUAGAAGUUUCUCGGAUCUCAUCAGCUGCAGCUCUGGAUCGGAGACGUAAACGAAUCAAUUUCGAUGGAUUGAUCGGCAUGUCGGGACCAUACAACAUUGAUCGCCACUACGAUUACGAAGCUGGCCGCGGAGUCGAACAAAUAUCGCCCAUGUCACCCGCAAACGGACACUCCAGACAAAUGUUUUUGAGGUUUUCUCCGGCUGUACAGCUCGUGGAUAUCGCGUCACAGUGUACAUCGGAAGACGAACGACAAGCUGUUCGUUGUGCCAUUCCUCCAAUAACUUUGAUACAUGGAUUGAACGACAAAACAGUCCCUCACUCAGCAACAGAGGAAGCAGCUCGGCUGCUCAAGACGACUGAUGUAGCUGAUUGCAAAGAGAUUUACGUGGAUGACACCGGGCAUGAGCAGACCAUCAUGGAACUCAUGUUGGGCGGACCAGUCCAAGAUAUUUUUACAAAGUUGCUACAGGAGCAGUAG